GCAGAGACACACAUUUCAACCUCUCGCAUUCAUGGAAGGAACAAAGAAACACUCAUUUGAAGAGUUGGGCGAGCUCUCGGGGAAACACUCGGAGGAAAUCACGUUAAAAUGGUCUAUACGCAAGCUCUCGUGCUCGGUAACGGGAUGACCGUCAGAAACGAGCAGGAAAGCGGCCUAUCGGAGGACCUGAGCUUCCUACACUGCUUCAGAUCCGACAGACACAAGCUCCAACACGGCGGCAGACUCAUGAAAGCACACAGCUUAUCAAGUCUGGGAUCUGAGUGCAGUUUGGAAGAGGAGGAAAGAGAAGACUUGUGUCUUCAGCUCGACCUGUCCAAACACAUAGAGAAGUGCCUCUAUGACGCUAAAGGAGCGAGUCUGCGCUGUCAGGAGCUGCGUCUACCCAGGCACAUGACCACACGUGUGGCCGGAGACAUCCUGCGCUCAUCCACGGAUGAGCCGUGUGGGAUACGGGGCGCACUGAUCCACAUGUUCAUGGAAAGCAAGGGCACACUACUGAAGCUGGGCACAGUCAUUCCCGAUCGGAGUCUCACGCCGACCUUCGAGGUGUCGGUGGUCCUGCAGCCUGACCUGGGCGGAUGGCCUCCGCUGAAGAUCCUGUUCGGGACCGGGAAGACCUUGAGCCUCAGACGGGAAUACCGGCUGAUCAAACGGAAGCUCUACUCGUCCGCCACUCCUACUGUACUUCAGUUUUAUUAAAAUUGUGGUAUUGAAAGUAAAAUAAGGAGAAGGCAAUGCCUGAGGUCUCAAGAGGACGAGGGCAACUUUAGGAACUGUUCAUUUUGCACAUUAUUUCUCACCGUUACAUCAGUAUAUUUCAGAGUUUACAGAAUGAUGUUGAAAACUUAAAGA